UCAGAGUCUAGGUCCCCUUUAACAGCCGGUGUUGUCUGGAAGGUUCGCAGGCGUGGUGUGGAGUUGUUAGUUUGAAUGAUUCUGAGUACAUAGUUUAUCAGCAUUCAUCCUAUUCUCUGUUUAUUUUUAAAGCUGUUUUAGUGAAGUACUUUGUAGGGUAAAAUAGUUUGGAGAAAGACAAUGCCUGAAUUUACUGUCUCCAAAAGCCAUUCCGGCAGCUCUGGUAUACAGAAUAGUGGAACGUAUCAGGACCGAGAUAAACCUGCACAGAUACGUUUUAGUAAUAUAUCGGCAGGAAAAGCUGUUGCAGAUGCUGUUAGAACAAGUCUUGGACCAAAAGGCAUGGAUAAAAUGCUUGUAGAAUUAUCCAAAGCACAAGACAUUGAGGCUGGUGAUGGGACCACAUCUGUUGUUGUCAUUGCUGGUGCACUGUUGGAUGCUUGCUCCAGACUUCUUCAGAAGGGAAUCCAUCCUACAAUAAUUUCUGAAUCUUUCCAGAAAGCUGCAGAUAAGGGUGUUGAAAUUUUGAAUACUAUGGCACAGCCCGUAGAACUGAGUGAUAGAGAAUCGCUUCUAAACAGUGCCUCGACUGCAUUGAAUUCAAAGUGGGACAAUUGAUGACUGUGAAAUGGUUGAUGGACUUGUACUUACUCAGAAGGUAGCAAAUACUGGAGUCACACGAGUUGAAAAAGCGAAGAUUGGUCUCAUUCAGUUCUGCUUGUCUGCUCCAAAAACAGACAGAUGCUCUUAGCGAUUUGGCUUUGCAUUUUCUAAACAAGAUGAAGAUCAUGGUGAUUAAAGAUAUUGAAAGAGAAGAUAUUGAAUUUAUAUGCAAGACAAUUGGAACCAAGCCAGCUGCACAUGUUGACCAUUUUACUCCUGACAUGUUGGGUACUGCAGAAUUGGCAGAAGAAGUUAACCUAGAUGGCUCUGGGAAAUUAAUAAAGAUUACUGGCUGUGCAAAUCCUGGAAGAACUGUCAGCAUUGUAGUUCGUGGGUCCAAUAAACUGGUGAUGGAAGAAGCUGAACGUUCAAUCCAUGAUGCUUUGUGUGUGAUACGGUGCUUAGUUAAGAAGAGGGCUCUUAUUGCUGGUGGUGGAGCACCAGAAAUCGAACUUGCUAUUCGAUUGAAUGAAUAUGCACGCACUUUAGGUGGUAUGGAAUCUUACUGCGUACGAGCUUAUGCAGAUGCUUUAGAAAUUAUUCCCUCAACACUUGCAGAAAAUGCUGGCCUAAAUCCUAUCUCAACUGUUACUGAAUUAAGGAAUAGACAUGCCCAAGGUGAAAAAACAGCUGGCAUCAAUGUCAGAAAGGGUGGCAUUUCUAAUAUUUUGGAAGAACUGGUUGUGCAACCCCUUCUGGUGUCUGUCAGUGCCCUGAUGCUGGCUACUGAAACAGUUCGCAGUAUCCUCAAAAUUGAUGAUGUGGUUAAUGCAAGGGGUUAGAAAAGACCUAAAGAAGCCUACGACCUUCAGAUUGUGCUGAUCUUUACUAUCCACUGAAUUCAUGCUGAACCAGACAACAUUUCAAGUUUAAAUUACUCUAUUGAACAAACUAGUCAUAUAAAACUAACUUAAUAAAAUUGUAUUUGAAAUGU